UCCCUUGAAGAGCUCCGGGUUCGGACAUCCGCGCCGCUUGCGCUUUCUUUCCCCUGUGCGCGCGCGGUGCCAGUUACACCGGGCCCGACACUCAACCCGUCAGGAUACCUGUCAGCAAUAACUAUUACACUGUACCCGCAAUAACUACCUGAUCAGACUGCACGCACACUUCUACACUCGCGUGCUCCACAAUGCUGAGGUUACUGUUUCUGGCGUUUCUCGCGGGAGCCGCGCGGGCUAGUGAUGUGAUCGAGUUCACGGAUGAUGAUUUUGAGAACAAAAUCGGGGACCAUGAUUUAAUCCUGGUUGAGUUUUUUGCACCCUGGUGUGGUCAUUGUAAACGGCUUGCCCCAGAGUAUGAAGCAGCUGCCACUCGCCUGAAGGGUAUCGUCUCACUUGCUAAGGUGGACUGCACUGCCAACUCCAAUGUGUGCAGCAAGUAUGGUGUAAGUGGCUACCCAACCCUGAAGAUUUUCAGAGAUGGCGAGGAGUCUGGUGCAUAUGAUGGUCCUAGGACUGCAGAUGGUAUUGUCAGCCACCUUAAAAAGCAGGCAGGUCCAGCAUCUGUGGAGCUCAAAACUGUAGCCGAUUUUGAGAAAUUCAUUGGAGACCGGGAUGCCAGCGUUGUGGGAUUCUUUGCUGAUGGUGGAAGUGCUGCCCAAAGUGAGUUCCUGAAAUCAGCCAGUGCCCUGAGAGAGUCGUACCGCUUUGCUCACACUAACCUGGAAGACCUUCUGAAGAAAUCCGACAUUGACGGAGAGGGUGUAGUUCUGUUCCGGCCACCUCGUCUCAAUAACAAAUUUGAAGAGAGCAGUGUGAAGUUCAGUGAGGACAAAUUCACUAAUGCCAAGAUCAAGAGGUUCAUUCAGGACAACAUUUUUGGCAUGUGCCCACACAUGACUGAAGACAACAAGGACCAUCUAAAAGGCAAAGAUCUGCUGGUUGCCUAUUAUGAUGUGGAUUAUGACAAAAAUCCCAAAGGCUCCAACUACUGGAGGAACAGGGUCAUGAAGGUAGCCAAGGGUUUCCUGGAUGAGGGGAAGAAGUUGAGCUUUGCUGUGGCCAAUAAGAAUUCAUUCAGCCAUGACGUAUCCGAGCUUGGCCUGGACGCCAGUGGUGGAGAACUGCCAGUUGUUGGCAUUCGAACGGCCAAGGGAGACAAAUAUGUCAUGCAGGAGGAGUUCUCCCGUGAUGGAAAGGCCCUGGAGAGAUUCCUUCAGGAUUAUUUUGAUGGAAAACUGAAACGUUACCUGAAGUCCGAGCCCAUUCCUGAGAACAAUGAUGGCCCAGUCAAAGUUGUUGUAGCUGAGAACUUUGACUCCAUUGUGAAUGAUGACAGCAAGGAUGUGCUGAUUGAGUUCUAUGCCCCUUGGUGUGGUCACUGCAAGAGCCUGGAGCCUAAAUACAAGGAACUGGGUGAGAAGCUCGCCAAUGAUCCAAAUGUUGUCAUUGCCAAGAUGGAUGCCACAGCCAAUGAUGUACCUUCCUCAUAUGACGUUAGAGGGUUCCCCACAAUCUAUUUCUCUCCAGCUGGGCAGAAGCAGAAUCCAAAGAGAUAUGAGGGAGGCCGUGAAGUCAGCGACUUUAUUUCCUACCUAAAGAAAGAAGCAUCUAACCCACUGGUGGUGGAAGAGGAGAAGAAGUCCAAGAAAAAGAAGUCCGAGUUAUAAGUCAAGCACCAAGAUUUCUAAUGAGGGAAUCGUGUAGGGGAUCUAAAUUAUAUUCCAACUUUAGUGAACAACAGAAUGCUCUGACACAAUGUCGGCUCUCUCUUGGGCCAGCUGCUCUGGGGACACUGUGGAGGUUGUGGUGGCCAGACUACGUAUGAUUAGGAAAUGUGGAAGAGGUACAGUGUGGUCAAAUUGAGAUUAUUUUGUUUUUCCCCCACACUGUACCACAAACAGAAGCACUUUGGUUCUGAGACCAAUUCCAGUCACGUUUUCUUUCUCAUGGAAAAGGGGGAGGGGGUUUGGUGAAUUUAGGCUUUUUCCCUUUGCUUUUGUUUUGUUUUUGUUUUUUUUGUACCAUAUUUUGUUUUUGUACAUUUGGAAAGAUUGUGAAAUAAAGGCCCACUAAACCAA